AUGUUCGACAGCAUUCGUCGCCCCGUCAAUCCCUGGCAGAUACGCUUCUGGUGCACUGGCCCGGCCGGCCACUCGUUGUCGUCAAGGGUCCAUGAAACAAGCGCUGGUCCUCGACUGCCGUCACUUUCGCACCCGUGCAUGGUCGGGUUGCCACUCCUCGACCACCCUGCGGGCUCUGGUGCCGUGGCCACGGCUUCCCAUGUUCCCCGUCACCUAUGGCCAUCUCCUACGGCCAUCUCCUACGACCAUCUCCUACGGCCAUGGAUUCGCGUACUUGCCACGGCAAUCGCUGUUCCCGCUCUGCGACCACCCCGCGAGCUCUGGCACCAUGGCCACGGCUUCCUGCACAUGUGCUCACCGUCACUUGCGGAGCAACGCAUGUGCGUUGCGUGCGUAGGCAAGGCGAACAGCCAACAGCCCGUCAACCAACGGCCCUUGCUCCCUUCAGCAGCAGCGGCCCGACAGCACUCCGACAGCACUCCAGCAGCGUUCCUCCUCCGAGGCGCCCCCCUCGUCCGUGCCCAUGUCGCCGAAUCAUCUGCUGCCUCGCGACGUUCCCCUCCCCUGGACGGAUGUCGAGACCGGAUCGAGACCGAGCCGACGGAGAGGACACAUGCGACGACGAGAGCCUACCAAGCAAAGUAG